CGGGGCGCAGGGGGGGCGGUGUUUGUGUUGGAAAAUCCAACUGCGCCACGGGGCGGAGCGGCCCCCCCGGCCCUGGCCUGGGAGAGGGGGGGCCCGCUCGACCCCCUGGGAGACCUCGGGGAGCCUGAGCACCUGGGACACCCCAGAACCAGGUUCCCCCAGGCACCAUGCCAGCCCCGUAGUACCACCCACCCCACCCACUGCGGUCUGCUGCACCCCACCGCUGGGGCACUGGGUCCAAUGAGACAGGGCACAUCAGAUUCCAUCUGGCUGUUACUGAGGCGGAGACACGGGUGAUGAUUGGCUUUCUGGGGAGAGAGGAAGUCCUGUGAUUGGCCAGAUCUCAGGAGCUCGCCGACGCUGUGAGAGGACGCUCCCACGGAGGCCGGAAUUGGCUGUGAAGGGCCCUGGGUGGCCAUCUGGGGGCAGUGGGCACUCUUGUCAGAGCGGCUGGAGCGGGACCGUCGCCCCAGAGAGCUGGGGCAGGGGGCCGUGCCCGAUCUCCAGGGCUCCUGGGGCCACUGCUGACCUGGCUGGAUGCAUCGGGCAGUGGACCCUCCAGGGGCCCGCGCUGCACGGGAAGCCUUUGCCCUUGGGGGCUUGAGCUGUGCUGGGGCCUGGAGCUCCUGCCCGCCCCAUCCCCCUCCUCGUAGCGCAUGGCUGCCUGGAGGCAGGUGCUCUGCCAGCAUCGGGCAGCCCCCACUCUCUGCUCCCCUACCCCCUUCACAUGGCAGUAGCUCUGGGCACCCCAACAAACCGUAUUAUGCUCCAGGGACCCCCACCCCGAGACCCCUCCAUGGGAAGCUGGAAUCCCUGCAUGGCUGUGUGCAGGCAUUGCUCCGAGAGCCGGCCCAGCCAGGGCUGUGGGAGCAGCUUGGACAGCUGUACGAGUCAGAGCACGACAGUGAGGAGGCCAUUCGCUGCUACCACAGUGCCCUUCGAUAUGGAGGAAGCUUGGCUGAGUUGGGGCCCCGCAUCGGGCGACUACAGCAGGCCCAGUUCUGGAACUUUCAUGCUGGCUCCUGCCAGCACCGAGCCAAGGUCCUGCCCCCUCUGGAGCAAGUGUGGAACUUGCUGCACCUGGAGCACAAGCGGAACUACGGGGCCAAACGGGGAGGUCCCCCAGUGAAGCGAGCUGCCGAACCCCCAGUGGUGCAGCCUGUGCCUCCUGCAGCGCUCUCCGGCCCCUCGGGGGACGAGGGCCUCAGCCCUGGAGGCAAGCGCAGGAGAGGCUGCAGCUCGGAGCAGACUGGCCUUCCCCCAGGGCUGCCGCUGCCUCCACCGCCACUGCCGCCACCGCCGCCACCACCACCACCACCGCCCCCCCCACCCCUGCCUGGCUUAGCCACUAGCCCUCCAUUUCAGCUGACCAAGCCAGGGCUGUGGAGUACCCUGCAUGGAGAUGUCUGGGGCCCCGAGCGCAAGGGUUCAGCACCCCCAGAGCGCCAGGAGCAGCGGCACCCGCUGCCCCACCCGUAUCCAUACCCGGCUCCGGCCUACACCGCGCACCCCCCUGGCCACCGGCUGGUCCCGGCCACACCCCCAGGCCCCGGCCCCCGCCCCCCAGGAGCAGAGAGCCAUGGCUGCCCGCCUGCCACCCGUCCCCCCGGAAGUGACCUUAGAGAGAGCAGAGUUCAGAGGUCGCGGAUGGACUCCAGCGUUUCACCAGCAGCAACCACCGCCUGCGUGCCUUACGCCCCUCCCCGGCCCCCUGGCCUCCCCGGCACCACCAGCAGCAGCAGUAGCAGCAGCAGCAACACCGGUCUCCGGGGCGCGGAGCCGAGCCCAGGCAUCCCCGGCGCUGACCAUUACCAAACUCCCGCGCCGGACGUCUCCUCUCACCAAGGCCGCCUGGGGCCCUCGGCACACAGCAACACGGCGGGCCCGGUGGACACGGCAGGCCCGGUGGACACGGCAGGCCCGGUGGACAGUGGGACUGAGCGACUGCUGCCUCCCGCCCAGGCCCGGGAGGAGGGUGGCGGGGCGGGGGCAGCGGCAGGACCAGGCAGCGGCAAGCGGCGGAAGGAGCACCAGAAGGAGCACCGGAGGCACAGGCGGGCCUGUAAGGACAGCGUGGGUCGGCGGCCCCGAGAGGGCAGGGCAAAGACCAAGGCCAAGGCCCCCAAAGAAAAGAGCCGCCGGGUGCUGGGCAACCUGGACCUGCAGAGCGAGGAGAUCCAGGGGCGCGAGAAGGCCCGGCCCGAUCUCGGCGGGGCCUCCAAGGCCAAGCCACCCACGGUUCCGGCCCCUCCGCCAGCUCCUGCGCCCUCCGCCCAGCCCACGCCCCCCUCAGCUCCUGGUCCUGGGAAGAAGGCCCGGGAGGAAGCGCCAGGGCCACCAGGUGUCAGCCGGGCUGACAUGUUGAAGCUGCGCUCACUUAGUGAAGGGCCCCCCAAGGAGCUGAAGAUCCGUCUCAUCAAGGUAGAGAGUGGUGACAAGGAGACCUUUAUCGCCUCUGAGGUGGAGGAGCGGAGGCUGCGCAUGGCGGACCUCACCAUCAGCCACUGCGCCGCUGACGUCGUGCGUGCCAGCAAGAACGCCAAGGUGAAAGGGAAGUUUCGAGAGUCCUACCUUUCCCCCGCCCAGUCUGUGAAACCGAAGAUCAACACUGAGGAGAAGCUGCCCCGAGAAAAACUCAACCCACCCACCCCCAGCAUCUAUCUGGAGAGCAAACGGGACGCCUUCUCGCCGGUGCUGCUGCAGUUCUGUACAGACCCUCGAAAUCCCAUCACCGUGAUCCGGGGCCUGGCGGGCUCCCUGCGGCUCAACUUGGGCCUCUUCUCCACCAAGACGCUGGUGGAGGCGAGCGGCGAGCACACGGUGGAGGUGCGCACGCAGGUGCAGCAGCCCUCCGAUGAGAACUGGGAUCUGACGGGUACGCGGCAGAUCUGGCCCUGCGAGAGCUCCCGUUCCCACACCACCAUUGCCAAGUACGCGCAGUACCAGGCCUCGUCCUUCCAGGAGUCCCUGCAGGAGGAGAAGGAGAGCGAGGAUGAGGAGUCCGAGGAGCCCGACAGCACCACAGGAACCCCUCCCAGCAGCGCACCAGACCCGAAGAACCAUCACAUCAUCAAGUUUGGCACCAACAUCGACCUGUCUGAUGCCAAGAGGUGGAAGCCCCAGCUGCAGGAGCUGCUGAAGCUGCCCGCCUUCAUGCGGGUCACAUCCACGGGCAACAUGCUGAGCCACGUGGGCCACACCAUCCUGGGCAUGAACACGGUGCAGCUGUACAUGAAGGUCCCAGGCAGCCGAACGCCAGGCCACCAGGAGAACAACAACUUCUGCUCCGUCAACAUCAACAUCGGCCCGGGCGACUGCGAGUGGUUCGCGGUGCACGAGCACUACUGGGAGACCAUCAGCGCCUUCUGCGACCGGCACGGCGUGGACUACCUGACUGGUUCCUGGUGGCCAAUCCUGGAUGACCUCUAUGCUUCCAAUAUCCCUGUGUACCGCUUCGUGCAGCGCCCCGGAGACCUCGUGUGGAUUAACGCGGGCACCGUGCACUGGGUGCAGGCCACCGGCUGGUGCAACAACAUCGCCUGGAACGUGGGGCCCCUCACUGCUUAUCAGUACCAGCUGGCCCUGGAACGAUACGAGUGGAACGAGGUGAAGAACGUCAAAUCCAUCGUGCCCAUGAUUCACGUGUCCUGGAACGUGGCUCGCACAGUCAAAAUCAGCGACCCGGACUUGUUCAAGAUGAUCAAGUGAGGGCCCCAUUUGGGAAGCAGCCCAUCUCCACCCGCCCCGGCCCGCUCUUGUUCUUUCUGUCUGAUCGACCCCUGUCCCCACCCGCUUCUCCACUCUGUUCCUGUGCUGGGGUGGCCGACAAAGGCCCCCGCUCCCAGGCGCUUGCUUUUCCUCUCGUCCAAGUAGACGAAAGCCACAUGAAAUGUCAACUGUGACCGAUGCCCGGGUCAGGGACUGCGGCCCCGGCC